CACGAUCAUUACCGUUACUUUCCCUCCCCCGUCUCCGUUUCCGAUUCCGAUUCGGUUCCCGUUUCGGAUUACGGGCCCCGAUGCCCCGCCUGCGCCUUCGCCUCGUAUAAACACGUUAUCACGUAACUCAACCGUUACGAAGUGGACGUUACUUUGUAUUUGGAGCCGAGAGCUCUCCGGGAUGGAGACGAAGAGGCGGCCGGGAAACGAUCGACCUGGGUUUAGGGUUUCGUGAUCGACUGCGUUCGUCCAUGUCUGGGUGCGAUGGCGGGUGGCGGGGAAGCGAUUGAGGCCUUCGGUUGCGGGAGAUGGGAUGCGGGAGCUCCAAGGCGGCGGAGGAGUCGAAGCCGGUCGAGCUGUGCCGGGAGCGGGUGGAGCUGAUCCGUGCGGCGAGGGACCUACGAUACGCCCUCGCGGCCGCCCACGCCGCCUACUUCCGCGCGCUCGCCGACGUUGGGGACGCGCUACACCGCUUGGUCUGGGAGGAUCUGGCGCCGGCCUCCGCGCUGCCGGCAUCACCCGUCCUCGUCCUUCCCUCCUCCGAGAGCAAGGGGAAGCCUGGUUCCGUCCGCGGAAGUGUCGUCGCUGCGGCUGCGUCGACUUCUUCUUCCGCGACUCCGCUCUCGCACUCCCUAUCGCCGGAGGGCUCUCACUUGCCGCUUUCGUCCGGGUCGGAGGAGGUGAGCCCUCGGGCCGGAAGCGGGGAAGGAAGUGAAGCUGGAAAAAAGGACGGAAGCGGCAAUGAUGGUGCUGAAGGGGGGGAGUCAUCUUCUCCGCGUCAGCGAUUUAGGCCUCGGAGCCCUGAUUCUUCUUUCAUGAGGUCAUCCACAGCGAUCCCCACUGUGGUCUACCAGGAUCCACUGACUCCACCUUGGUCGAAUUCUGCGUACGAUGGCUAUGGGUAUGAAUUUGGCUAUCCACCCUACGGUGUUCCGAUACCAUCUCUGCUGCAAGAAAGAGAGGAUAGGAUGGAUCCUUCUGUGCCGGCGGUUGCCCCUGGUACUCCCCCUCCACCGCCACCUCCGGCAACGUCUUCUUGGGACUUUUUCGAUCCGUUCAAUUUCUAUGAAGGAUUCUUUCCUGAUUACUCCGGAGGACGGUAUGGUGUGCGCUUCUCUGUGAGCAGUCCUGAUAUAAACGAGGUGCGCAAGCAGGAAGGAAUUCCCGACCUUGAAGAGGAAGCAGAGGCACAACCAACGGAGGCAAAGAAGCAGAUGAAGGUGGUUAUGGAUGAUUUAGGAAGGAAGAAUCCUGUCGUUGGAAGCUCAAACACAGUUUCCACACCAGAAAUUGGUCGAAAGGAUGACAAUGUUGGUGACAUUGAGUUGGCAGACAAAGUGAGUGUGAGCAGUUCACCAAACAGUAAAGUGAGAAGCAGUGGAGAGGAUGACAUAUCCAUCAGGAAGAAAAAAGGGGUGACAUUUGAGGAUGUAUCGUAUGAUACAGAGAAGAGUGUGCCUAGUGGUGAUAAACCCUUGUCUGCACAUAUUGAUGAACCACUGUCUUUUAAAGGUUCGAAGGAUGUGAUGGAAGUUGCUCGGGAAAUUAAGAAACAUUUUAGGUCAGCUGCUGGUUGUGGUGAAGAGGUGUCAAGGAUGCUUGAGGUGGGCAAGUUGCCAUACCAAUCAAGAAGUAAUAAAAUGUAUAGAGGUGGGUUUUUUAUUUGGUUCAGUUAUCUCUUGUUUGAUUUGCUGUCCAUGCCAUCUACAAAAAUCCUGCAAAAUGAAGCUCAGAAUGGAAGCCCUAGGAUCAAAUGGAUAGCUAUUUUAACAUUUAAGUUACCUUGACCGAGGUUGUUCACUUCAUAGUAGCAGGAGGGAUCCAUUUAAGGAAACAAUCCUUCGUUUAGGAGGCUGAAUUUGAUUUUUUGUUUAUAGCUGUUCUAAUUUCUAAUUGGUUCCUUGAUUCUGGAGAGGAAUCACUCUAGUGCCCCUUAGACUCAAAUGUAACUGUAAAGAGGCUGCAUAGCACAUUUAGCAAUUUUUCUUA